CCGACUCUUCAGCGUGCGUCCCCCUGACUACGGGAGGAGGAGGCGGAGAAGACGCCGAGCAACGGAUGGCGGCAGCGGCAGAGGGACGAAAACAACAAGAGGCACGCGGCGUACGCAAGCGCAAGGAUCCGCCUAGCCAUGGCCAGACGAUAGCAGCAGAUGAAGAAGAGCAACGACAGCCGCAAGAACAACAAGAAGAAGGGCGGAAGCGGAGGAGGAAGCCGAAGACGUGCUUCGUCUACGGCAACUACAAGAGCUACUACGGCUAUCGAAUUGAUCGCAAUGUGAAGGAAGAUCCUAGACUUGCUCUGUUUAAGAGAGAAUGGUUUGAAGGCAAGGAUUGCCUUGACAUUGGCUGCAAUGAGGGUCUAAUAACUAUUAGCAUAGCAAAGAAGUUCUUUUGCCAAAGCAUUCUUGGCAUAGAUAUUGAUGCAGGUUUAGUUGAAACUGCUUAUUGGAACUUGCGUAAGUCAGCUAGAAUGAAACGUGGCAAUUGUACAUCCAUGGAGGCUUCUAGAAUACAGGAUUCAGAAUGUGUGAACCCUUUGAACACCAAUGCUGAUCCAGCUUCAAAUGGGAAACCAUCUAGUUCCCAAACCUCCCUUCCUGUAGAUGAACUUUUAAAGAGAGUUUCUUUCCGGCAUGAAAAUUUUGUUGGGAGUUUGCGUGAAUGCUCAGAGAAGUAUGACACAGUUCUUUGUUUGAGCGUUGCAAAAUGGGUCCAUCUGAAUUGGGGUGAUGAUGGAUUGAUCAAUAUGUUUGUCAAGAUAUGGAGACUUCUUCGUCCGGGUGGGAUCCUACUAUUGGAAGCUCAGCCAUGGUCUUCAUACAAAAGAAAUCAAAAUGUAUCUGCGACUGCAAGGGCCCAAUUCAAAUCUAUAUGUUUAAGGCCACAUAAUUUCCGGGAAUUACUUCUAGACAAGGUUGGAUUCAGAUCGGCAGAGGUUAUUACCGACAGUUUAUCUGGUACAGUUGUUGGGUUUGACCGACCAGUUGUGAUGUUUUGCAAGUGACUGGAGAAGGAAAGGCAGUUGCAGUAAACAAUAUUUAUUUUUUCCCAAGAUGGAUAUAUGACAAGUAAUAGCAAUCCUGCAUCCUGAGACCAGAUCAAAUUUUGGUCAGGAAGGGCCUGAGCUACUGCUGGAUCCACACUAAAGCAUUCUUAGUCUUUUAUAUAAAAGCCGAGAGAUAUAGAGCAUCCCUCCUAGUGACCUCUUGAAAAAGGAGAAGCUGCCAUUGUUAAGGGAAAAUAUGCAGGAUGGUGAGAAGUGUUGUACGUAUCAACACUCCACAGGCUUAAGCAUUGUUUAAUCAUACAAGGUUGUGAAUUUUGAGGAGUUGGGAGGACAAAUUUGAUGGCCUGUUCUGGUUUUUCCUUCAUGGCAUCCAUUUUUUUGACGAGAACUCAAGAGCAAUAUUUUAUUCUUCAACAAUAUAUAUUAGAAACAACAGUUGCUACGCAUAUUUCAACAACAAAUUGCAAGAUUUUGCAAAAAUUUCCUAUUCCAACAAUUCAUGCUUGUAAGAUUGUUGUAAUGUCUGAGAAUCUAGCAAGUGGUCUGUCUCAAAGUGCUAGAUUUGUUUCUCCAUGGUGACUGGUGAAAAGUACAGAUAUAUUAUCCUGAUUGCAUGUGAUGUCAUUGAUCAUAUGCAUGAUAUUUGUUCUAAUUGGUAUGCAUACUCCAACUUGCGUG